GUGGGGACGGAUAGAAUUAUUCAUCCGUGCCGCGGAUCAGAUCGUGUAGAGAAAUAGGGAGAGUGUUCAUUAUCUUACAUUAUGGCUCGUACUAAGCAGACUGCUAGAAAGUCGACCGGGGGUAAGGCUCCGCGAAAACAAUUAGCCACCAAAGCUGCACGUAAAAGUGCUCCAGCCACAGGCGGUGUGAAGAAACCUCACCGUUACCGUCCGGGAACCGUUGCUUUACGUGAGAUACGACGUUAUCAGAAGAGUACCGAGUUGCUGAUCCGUAAAUUGCCCUUCCAGAGGUUGGUACGUGAGAUCGCUCAGGAUUUCAAAACUGAUCUCAGAUUUCAAAGUUCCGCCGUAAUGGCACUUCAAGAAGCUAGCGAAGCUUAUUUGGUUGGACUCUUCGAGGAUACCAACUUGUGUGCGAUCCACGCCAAAAGAGUAACUAUCAUGCCGAAGGACAUUCAACUUGCUAGACGUAUCAGGGGUGAACGUGCCUAAAUUUCGAUUCGGGAAUCUUACAUAUCGGUUCUUUUCAGAACCACAAAA